CGUGUCAAGUGGGUGACACUGGACAGAAAACAUGGUGCAGUCUGUGGCACUGAAAGAGGUCAUCUUGGUGUCUGAUUGGGAAUUCGGGUUUCUGUAGCCAAUCCCAUGUGAUUGCAGUAGCUGGGAAAGUCCCCUUUUGCUGUGGAUUUGUUCAUCUGGGGCUUAAUCUAAAAUGGUGCCCAGCCCCCCAAGAGGUUGUAACAUGGCUGUUACAUGUAAUAGAUUUGAGCCCAUGUAAUUGUUUUUGUGGAACAGAUAUUUCCUUCAAAGGAGUGCAUUUUGUCUGGGACUUCUGCCUUUGUGUACAAUGUUAAGGGUUUAGAUUCACCAGACAACCUCUGUAUUUGCUAUAUUGUCUGGUGACCAGCUUUUAAGCGGUCUAAUAAUUUUGGAAGAGUAACUGACUGUUCAAGGCUGUGGCCAUACAAGUGAGUAGAAUGUGUUUGGCCCUUUCAUAAGAGUAAUUCAGCCCCCUGAAUACCAUUGUUCUCUACAGUGCCACAACUGAUUACUAACUUGAAUGUUGUUUUUCUACUUCAAUGAUGCUGCUGUGUGGUCUUCAAUCAACCAAGGGUUGCGCGGUUGUUGAGUUCAGGACUGAGGAACUGAUGAAGAAGGCUGUGGAGAAGGUCAACAAGCACAACCUGAAUGGGCGUCCCCUGAAGGUCAAAGAGGACCCAGAUGGUGUGAUUGCCCAGAGGGACGCCCACAGGUCCCAGGGUGGUGGUGGACCCCCCGGUGGCCAUGGUGGAAUGAACAUGGGCAUGGAUCGCAUGAAUAUGGAGCGAAUGAACAUGGACCGCAUGGGCCCAGGACCGGGCGCGCCACCCAUGGUCAACAUCCCCCCCAGCCUCAUGAACAACUCCAACAUCCCCAAUGAGAUCAUCCACGGGCUGCAGGCUGGCAAGAUUGGAAGCACUGUCUUUGUAGCUAAUCUGGACUACAAGGUUGGCUGGAAGAAGCUGAAGGAGGUGUUUGGCAUGGCAGGUGUGGUGGUGCGCACUGACAUCCUGGAGGACAAAGAUGGGAAUAGCAGGGGCAUGGGCACCGUCACCUUUGACAUGCCUAUUGAAGCUGUCCAAGCCGUCAGUAUGUUCAACGGUCAACUGCUUUUCAACCGGGUCAUGCAUGUCAAGCUGGAUGAGAAGUCCUUGCCAAAAGGAGACUUUGCACCACCUGAGAGACCCCCAGCACUACCACGUGGCCUUAGUGGCAUCGGGCUGGGACUUGGGCCUGGUGGCCAACCCAUUGACGCCACCGCACUGAACAGAGGAGGUGGAGGAAUGGGCAACAUGGGACCUGGGGGCAUGGAUAACUUUGGUGGAAUGAACAACAUGGAGCGUUUUGGACCAUCUGGAAUGGGCAGGAUGAAUGAGAUGGACCGUGGGCUUGGUGGUUCUUUUGACCGGGAGUUUGGUCGAAAUGAUAUGGGCAUGUCUCGCAAUAAUUUUGGAGAAUCCUUUGAAAGAGGAAUGGGGAGCUCACUGGGCAUGGACCGCAUGAGCUCUGGCAUGGAUCGCUUGGGUGGUGGAAUGGACCGUCUGGGUGGAAUGGAGCGCAUGGGGAUGGAGAGGAUGGACCGCGUGUCUGAUCUGGACAGGCUAGGGGGGUCUGGCUUUGACAGGAUGGGCUCUGGGCUGGACCGGCUGGGGCCCAGUAUGGACAGGCUUGGUUCUGGGCUGGACCGUAUGAGCUCCAGUGUGGACCGCCUGGGCCCAGCUGGGUUUGACCGCCUAGGCCCGUCCAGUUUGGAACGUAUGCCUGCUGGCCUGGACUUCGCAUCUCCCAUGGGUAUGGCGGACCGCAUGGAGAGGAUGGGAACCAACUUUGACCGCAUGGGGUCAGCCGGUAUCGACCGCUUCCCGGCCACCGGGCUUGACCGCAUGGGCUCCACCAUGGACCGCAUGGGCGCUGUCGGUGUUGGCGGCCAGUUUGACCGGCCAGCUGAGAUGGAGCGUGGGGGCUUUGGAGGAAAUGGCUUUGGGGGGGCCGGAGGUCCUGGUGCCAACGCCAGGAAGGGCUGCCAGAUCUUUGUCAGAAAUCUGCCCUUUGACUUCACCUGGAAAAUGCUGAAGGAUAACUUCAAUACAUGCGGUAUUGUCCAAUAUGCUGACAUCAAGAUGGAGAAUGGCAAGUCCAAGGGCUGUGGCGUGGUUCGCUUUGACAACCCGGAGACUGCAGAGAGGGCCUGUCGCACCAUGAAUGGCUACAGGCUGAAUGGAAGAGAGAUCGAUGUCAGAAUCGACAGAAAUGCGUAAUCGUCCAGUGUCAUUAUGGCCCUGAUAUUUGCAGCCCUGUAUCGACCUUUCCACAUUUCUUGUUUUUUAGGCAAUUGUAACUGCGCAAGUGUAUUUUUAGUUAGUUCUCGUCCCUGCAUAAUUUGUGACCAAAUUUAAAUUUCUUUAUAUUUUACCUGUAAUGCUUCACUUCAUUGCCUUUGAUCUAUAAGGUGUUUUGAUAAUAAAUAUCACCAUUGGAA